UUAAUUCGUAGGGAGUAAAAGCUCUCGGGCGAGGAGCAUCGCAUUUCGCAUCGCUUCUAAGGCAAGGGAGAAAAGGUGAAGCGGCGAGAAACCCUAGAAAACCCUUUUACUCCCACUCCCCUUUACACCCUCGUCGUCCCCAAAUCGCCUCCCAUUUUUGGCGGCUCCCGAUCGGAUAUAGUCGUCGAUUUCCCCCAAUGCAGCUCCGAUCUGCUCCGGUUCGAGCUCCAAUGGCGGCGCGAUCGGGAUUUGGUGCGGUUUCGAUCCACCGUAGGGGGUUGUCGCAGUGUGUGGGUGGGAUUUGAGCUCGGAUUGAUCCGUUAAUGGCGUCUCGGUCGGGUUCGAGGACGAAGAAGGCGUCGCCGGGGGCGGCGAAGCCGGCGAACUCGCCGGCUUCGUCGACAACUUCGUCGUCGAGGCCGGUGCCCGAGGCGUCGCUGGAUGAGCAGAGCUCGCCGCUGUCGUCGGCGGCGGCGAGGAGCAGGACGCAUGAGUUCUACGCGGAGAAUGCGGCGUUGGAUGUGGAGGGGUUCAAGGAGAAUGUCACGGUUACGGUGCGGUUUCGGCCGCUAAGCCCGCGGGAGAUUAGGCAGGGGGAGGAGAUAGCUUGGUACGCGGAUGGGGAUAUAAUUGUGAGGAACGAGCACAAUCCAUCCUUGGCGUAUGCAUAUGAUCGAGUUUUUGGACCUACUACUACGACACGUCAUGUUUAUGAUGUGGCUGCUCAGCAUGUUGUCGGUGGUGCUAUGGAAGGAAUAAAUGGUACAAUUUUUGCUUAUGGAGUUACAAGUAGUGGCAAGACACACACAAUGCAUGGAGAUCAACGGUCCCCUGGUAUAAUACCUUUGGCUGUCAAGGAUGCUUUCAGUAUCAUACAAGAGACUCCAAGUCGUGAGUUUCUUCUUCGUGUGUCAUACAUGGAAAUCUACAAUGAGGUGGUUAAUGAUCUGCUUAAUCCUGCUGGGCAGAAUUUAAGAAUCAGGGAGGAUCUUCAGGGAGCCUUUGUUGAGGGUAUUAAAGAAGAAGUUGUCUUAUCUCCUGCUCAUGCUUUGUCGCUUAUUGCAGCUGGAGAAGAGCAUAGACAUGUGGGUUCCAAUAACUUCAAUCUGCUGAGCAGCAGAAGUCAUACCAUUUUCACACUGACGAUAGAGAGUAGCCCCUGCGGUGACUGUAGUGAAGGAGAAGUCAAUUUUUCGCAACUAAACCUCAUCGAUCUGGCAGGUUCAGAGAGCUCAAGAGCUGAAACAACUGGAAUUCGCCGAAAAGAAGGAUCCUACAUCAAUAAAAGCCUGUUAACUCUUGGAACUGUAAUAGCGAAAAUAACUGAUGGAAGGGCUACACAUAUUCCAUAUCGUGACUCAAAAUUAACACGACUACUGCAAUCCUCUUUGAGUGGUCAUGGGCGUGUUUCUCUUAUUUGCACAGUUACCCCAUCAUCUAGUAAUACUGAAGAAACGCACAACACUUUGAAAUUUGCUAAUCGAGCAAAACAAAUUGAGAUUCAAGCAUCGCAAAAUAAGAUUAUUGAUGAGAAAUCUUUGAUUAAGAAGUAUCAAAAUGAGAUCCACAGAUUGAAGGAAGAACUAGAACAACUGAAAAGGGGCAUUGUUACUGGCACUCCUUUGAAAGAUACUGGAGAAGAUGAUAUUGUCCUGCUGAAACAAAAGCUAGAAGAUGGUAACGUGAAGCUGCAAUCGAGAUUGGAACAAGAAGAAGAUGCUAAAGCUGCUUUGCUAGGGAGGAUACAGCGUCUAACAAAGCUGAUUCUUGUUUCUACAAAGACAACUCAGGCUUCAAGGUUUCCUCAACGUCCUGGUCCAAGGCGAAGACAUUCAUUUGGAGAAGAGGAGCUUGCUUAUCUCCCAUAUAGAAGGCGAGAUAUGAUCUUGGAUAAUGAAAGUAGUGACUUUUUCGUCCCAGCCGAAGGAUAUGGUGAAACUACUGAAGAUACUUCAAAGGAGAAGAAAAAUCGCAAGCAUGGGCUCCUUAACUGGUUUAAGCAGCGGAAAAGAGAUAGUAGUGGAACUACACUUACAAGUUCAGAUGGAGAUAAGUCGAGUGGAACCAAAUCAUUUACUGCUCCUUCGACUCCCCAAGCAGAGAGUGUAACCUUUCCUCCAGAGCCCAGGAUAUCGACUUCUAUUGCUGUGGAAAAUAUCACCGCUGCUAUCGUGGGACAUGAUAGAGAACUCCCUUCUGACAGCCUUUCAAGGGAUGAGACACCUUUGGCUAGCAUAAAAACUAUAGAUCAUGUUGAUUUGCUCAGAGAGCAACUCAAGAUUUUGUCCGGAGAAGUUGCACUCCAUACCAGCGUCUUAAAGCGGCUCUCAGAAGAAGCAGCAAAUAGCCCCAAGAAGGAACAGAUUCAGAUGGAAAUAAAGAAGAUUAAUAAUGAGAUUAAGGCCAAGAACCUGCAGAUAUCUUCUUUGGAAAAGCAGAUGGCUGAUUCGAUAUCAGCUACUCAGGCCAAGGCGGAUAAAUCAGAACUUUCACCGUCUUAUGCUCAACUACUCGAGCAACUCAACGAAAAGAACUUUGAACUUGAGGUUAAGACUGCGGACAACAGAGUGAUACUCGACCAGCUGCAGAAUAAGACACGAGAAUGUGAAGUGUUACAGGAAAUCGUCACUUCACUAAAAGAGCAGCUAUCGCAAGCACUUGAAGAAAAGGAAUUGUCUUUGUCAUGCGCUCGAUUAGAGAAUGAUGUCGCAGGAGCUAAUGAUGGAAAAGAACUGCACGUAGACAUAGAAAAGAAAGCAACAAGAGAUGUUACUGCUGAGUUAUUGCUACAAGCACAUCAGGCAUCUGAGAUCGAAGAACUGAAGCAGAAGCUCCAGGAACUCAUGGAAACGAGAACCCAACUAGAAGCCCGGAAUCAGAAGCUAGUAGAGGAGAGUGCAUACGCCAAAGGGUUGGCCUCAGCUGCAGGAGUGGAACUAAAAGCUCUAUCUGAAGAAGUCACCAAGCUCAUGAACCACAAUGAGAGGCUCGCCAAUGAAUUGGCAUCCGUUAGAAAUUCUAAUCAACGGAGAGUGAGUAACGGACCGAGAGCUAUGAAAAGAGAGAGCCACAUUAAGCGCCAUGAACCUGUAAAUAAGAGGGAGGUGAAUGUGAGCUACGAGAGAGAGCUCGCUCUCGAAGCUACAAUCGUUGAGAAGGAGCAGAGAGAGGCAGAGCUCCAAAAGAAGCUCGAGGAGUCGAAACAAAGGGAAGCCUUUCUAGAGAACGAGCUGGCUAACAUGUGGGUCCUUGUGGCAAAAUUGAAGAAGUCGCAAGGGAGCGAGCAAGAUGAUUCGGAUGCCAAAUUGAAAGAUCCCUAAUUGGCAAAGGUUAGGGCAGGAAAGAGGAUAACUAGAUUUUAGUCAUCGUGUUGAUUCGGGUGUUUCUGUAUGUAAAAGAGAGGUUAUUGUAUAUUUGUGUGCUUCUUUUGUAAUAUGGAUCCGGGUUGUCUCUGUUGCUUCUAUUCUUUGAUUAGUUGCUCAAAUUUGUGAUAUAAAAUGUCUGUCUGGCAACAAAAAGCAUGUAUUUGAUGCAAUGACAGUAUUAUAUGCUCCUGCUCAGUCGCUGAUCCAAAAUUCAGUGAAAGCAGCAGCAAAUUAUGUUUGGUUCUUUAUUAAGCCCUGUAAUUUUUAUGGCUAUCGUGAGGAAUGGGAAUUGCGAAUCUGCUUCUGAAAAA